GGGUUUUUUUUUUUUUUGGUUGUUUUUUGUUUUUAUUAUUUAUUUUUAUUUCAUUAUUUUAAAGAGGAUUUUGGAGGGAAAGUUUUGCAGCUCUACAAUUAUUCUUUAUUCUUUUAAGAAAGUUAAAUGAAUUUCAUGUGGACUGCCAGGGGAGCAGCUUGCUAAGACAUCAGUCCAACACAGUCCUGUGUACUUUGCCAUGAGACACAUCCAGCCCUGAAGCUCCUUUGACUCCAUGCAUCACUAUCCUUAUCACCUUACACCAAUGGACCCUCAGGUGUGUCCGCCCCCUUUGAACAGCAGCCAAUCAGUGAUCAGCAGCUUGGACAAAUCCCCGGCCAGCACAUGUAGACCUGGUCACUCACGGAACAGCAGCACUGGUUCCUCCAAACAUUCAAAGCAGUCUCGUAACUGGGAGGUGCUGGACGACUUGCAGAAUAUGGAUAUGUGUUCGGUUCCUGGCUCCACUAUGGACCUCAGUAUCCCUGGGAUCUGUGAGGGCUAUUUGAUGAAGAGGAGGAAAUACCCACUCAAAGGCUGGCACAAGAGAUACUUCCUUUUGGAGAAAGGAAUUCUCAAGUACUCCAAGACACAGCAAGAUAUUCAGAGAGGGAAGCUCCAUGGUUCUUUGGACGUCAGCCUGGCUGUCAUGUCCAUCAACAAGAAAGCCAAACGCAUAGACCUGGAUGCUGGAGACAGCCUCUACCACCUCAAGGCAAAGAGCCAUGAUAUCUUCUACAUCUGGUUGACCAAGCUGUGUGCCCAUCGUGUAUAUAGGAAAAAUGAGGCAAUGACUGUCCAUCAUGGUGUCCUACAUGCUCUCUCCAUGGGCCAGAGUACCUUGCCAUCCAUGGCCACUCUUGCCCAAAAAAACAGAGUAACACCUUCUCACUAUGCCAGUUCAGCCUCAGUGUACCAGCCAGAGAUGGCAAGCCCCGCCCCUGUCAUGUCCUCCCACCCAGGCGUGACCAGUAAGGUGUCAGCCUGGCUGCAGCAGACCCAUGACAUUGAUGCAACCUCUAAUGAUCUAGCUCGCUGUCAGGCAGAGCUGACGGAACUGGCUCAGCUCAUCCAGCGACUCCAAUGGCUAGAGGGAGGCCUGCCAAUCACAAACACAGACCUGGAGAUGAGAAUCAGCAUGCAGAAUCUCUCCCUGGAGAAACCAAAGAAGAAGACAGGGAAAGUGUUUGGUCACUCCAGGACUUUGUCCCGUGUAGAAGCCAUGGGGGGAAUGUUUACUUCCAGCCACCUGAGUACCAAUUCCAGCGGUUUGGGGGCGUCUGCUCAGUCUAUCCCUGAUUACGUCUACUCUCAGCUGUCUAACCCUCAGGUCACCUCACCUGAGGCCAAGAAGCUCCACCAGGACAUCUGCACCGUUUCCCAGAGGGUCCAUUCUUCUCUCAAGUCCAUUCAUGAGGUUUUGUCCAUGGAGAGAGAGAGACUGAGGCAAGCCUGGACCGGCCCGGAUCUGAGGCAGAACACCUCGCAUCAGCUUGCUACACUGUGUAGCACACUGUCUGAGCUUGACAUACAGUCACGUCUGACCAAAGUCCACUCGCUUUCCCUGUCCUCUGACUCUACUGAGGAAUCCUUCUGCACUGUCCGUCCGGACCAGAGGACCCCAUCUAUGGGUCGCCAUAGCCAUCGUGCACCCUCAGUGGCAGAUUCCAUGGCAGAGUAUUUUGAUGCCAGUGAGGUGAUUGUGUGUGAGAGCUCGUCAGAGGCCGAGGCUUCAGAUGAGUCAGGUCUGAGUGACAUCACCACUACCAGCACCUCGGAGCCAGAAGAGGGACACGCCGCUGCCACCCUCAGCUACAGAGCCAGUGUGAACAGUGCUCCUAACCAACCCAGCCCAGUGCCCACUGAUACCGGUCGUCGCACCACCCUACCAGCCCCAGGAACAGACAACAGCCACAUCGGCAUCAUGACCAUCCUGUACAACAACAUCGGCAAGGACCUGUCCAGAGUCUCCAUGCCAGUCGCUCUAAAUGAGCCAGUUUGUUUGCUCCAGAGACUUAGUGAAGAGCUGGAGUACUCUGAGCUGCUAGACAUCGCCAAUCACAUUGAUGAUCCAUAUGAAAGAAUGGUUUACGUGGCAGCAUUUUCUAUCUCUGGCUAUGCCUGGGCAUCCUGGAGGUAUCGCUACAAACCCUUCAACCCUGUUCUAGGAGAAACAUAUGAGAGUCACAGAGAAGACAGAGGCUUCCAUUACAUCAGUGAGCAGGUUAGCCAUCACCCACCUAUCUCUGCCUGCCAUGCUGAGUCAGAGAACUUCACUUUCUGGCAAGAUCAGAGAUGGAAGAACAAGUUUUGGGGAAAAUCAGUGGAGAUCAUCUCUUCUGGACUGGUCAAUGUUACCCUGCCCAAGUAUGAUGAUCACUACGAAUGGAACAAGGCAGUGACAUGUAUCCACAAUGUGCUGAGUCAGCAGCGAUUUUUGGAGCACUAUGGUGAGGUUGUCAUCAGAAAUACAAAGAGUGACGUUUGCACCUGCAAGAUCACCUUCGUCAAGUCUCGCUACUGGUCCUCAGACAAUAGUAAGAACGAGGUGCAAGGUGUGGUUCUGGACCAAGCUGGAGAGGUGGUCCAUCGUUUCGGAGGCCUCUGGCAUGAAGGCAUUUUCUGUGACACCCUCUCUACACCAAAGUGUAUCUGGAAGCCCAACGUGCAGCCUGAUGACCACUUCCAGUUCUACGGCUUCUCACGUUACGCCAGAGAACUCAACGAACUAACACCUGAACUGAAGGCUGUUCUUCCACCUACAGACACACGCUUCAGACCAGACCAGAGGCUUCUGGAGGAGGGAAAGGUGACAGAGGCAGAUAAAAAGAAGGAUGAGGUGGAAGAGAAGCAGAGGGAGAGGAGGAAGGAAAUGGCCAAGAGAGGGGAGGAGCACAUCCCCAGGUUUUUCAGGAAAUCUCUGGAUGAGGCUGGCAGAGAGGUGUGGCUGUACAACGGAACCUACUGGAAGCUCCGCAAAGACCCAGGGUUCUCCAACACUAAAAACCUGGACCUGUGGUAGAACACUGCACCUGGAUUAAUGCUUAGGCUUAAUGAAACCAGACAGGUGCUAAACAUGGUGAAGAUGAAUAAUGCACCCCUCUAUUAGUAAAAAUAAUGAAUUGGAUCAUGUUAGUCCAGUAACCUAUGCAUGAAUAUACUGUCAUAAAGUGAACACAUACUGAGGCCUGCUGCUACCAUUACUGCAAGGGUGUAGAGGAGAGGGAUGUUUGAAAGCAUACAUGAACCUCUCAUUGGGUUUUUUGUGCCACAUAGAGGUGAUAUGCCACCGUGGAACAAAUGAAGACUGAUUUAGAUGAAGCCGGAUGUCUUUCCAGCCUUUCGCCUACCUCUAACAAUAAUGGAGACGUUAAAUAUAAGCAUUCACAAUUCAAAAGCAAAUCUUAACUUGAAAUCCAGUUUUUAACCCUUUUUAUCAAUGCCUUUGAGAAAAUUGUGGGUAAAAAUCAAAAAGCUUUUGUCAGGAUUUUCUGGUCUCUCUGCAUGUAGGCGUCUUAUAUUUGUGUGAAAAAUGUCUGAUUACAUGUCAUACCUUUUAUUACUUUUAAUGUGUCUCUAUAAGUAUUUGUGGUCAGGCUCAUUGAGAUGAGUUCAGAAAUAAAGUGUCAGAGGCUUACUUCCUGUGGAAGAAUCCAGACCACGAGGAGGGCUUGUUCUGGUGCUUGUGGGGUGUAUUAUAGGUGAACUGGUGCUGUCCUGCUUCCUUUUUCAGUGGGUCUAAAUGUAUAAACUCAUGAUGAUUUGUAAAUUUAAUGUGUAUUUUAUUUCCUCAUGUUUAGCUGUGGCACAUUGGUGACGCAUCAGUUUCUUAGUAGUAUCUUCACUCUGGAUUAAUUUAGCUGACAGACAAGGAUUGCGUCUCUUGGACCUUUAUGCUCUCAGUUGAUGCAAUGAAGUAUUUUUAUUGAUGUUUCAACAAUUGCUUUUAAUAAGGAAAAGAGACUACUGUUAAAUCCCAGCCAAAUUAUUUUUUUUCUUUUGGGUUUCUUUCAAAUAAAAUGUUUCAUAAUUAA